AGGACAAGGGAGCCUCUCCCAUUUCACUGAGACUGGGUCAUGGUGGCGGAGGCGGGUCAGACAGGGUACUUGAAGCUGGUAUGUGCUUCCUUUCAGCGCCAAGGGUUCCAUACUGCUGGGAGUCGCUGCAAGAAUCGGACAGGCGCUGAGCACCUGUGGCUGACUCGGCAUCUCAGGGACCCGUUUGUGAAGGCUGCGAAGGUGGAGAAUUACCGGUGUCGAAGCGCCUUCAAGCUCCUAGAGGUGAACGAGAGGCACCAGAUUCUGCGGCCCGGCCUUCGGGUGUUAGACUGUGGAGCAGCUCCUGGGGCCUGGAGUCAGGUGGCGGUGCAGAUGGUCAAUGCCGCAGGCACAGAUCCCAGCUCUCCUGUUGGCUUCGUGCUUGGGGUAGAUCUUCUUCACAUAUUACCCCUGGAAGGAGCAACUUUUCUGUGCCCUGCUGAUGUGACUGACCCGAGAACCUCACAGAGAAUCCUCGAGGUGCUUCCUGGUGGGAGAGCAGAUGUGAUUCUGAGCGACAUGGCGCCCAAUGCCACAGGGUUGCGGGACCUCGAUCAUGACAGGCUCAUCAGCCUGUGCCUGACCCUUCUCAGCAUGACCCCAGACAUCCUGCAACCUCGGGGAACAUUGCUUUGUAAAACCUGGGCUGGCAGUCAAAGCCAUCGGUUACAGAGGAGACUGACAGAGGAAUUCCAGAAUGUAAGGAUCAUUAAACCUGAAGCCAGCAGGAAAGAGUCAUCAGAAGUGUACUUCUUGGCCACACAGUACCAGGGAAGGAAGGGCGCUGUGAAGCAGUGAGGAUUUCUUGUGCCAUUUUCAUAAUGGUCAUUAGCUUCUUUUAAGCUAGAAACGUAGCCUGAGCUCCUUCCUGAAGAGUUCCUGGGAGAUCUGAGCUGAUUUUGGAGAUGGAACAGGACAAGUGGGGAGUCUCUUUCUUUCUCUCUCUCUUUUUAACCAAAAAGAGAUGACAAAACUAAGUUCAGGGGCCAUGGAAAAUGAAAACGUCGGCCGGGCGCGUUGGCUCAAGCCUGUAAUCCCAGCACUUUGGGAGGCCGAGACGGGUGGAUCACGAGGUCAGGAGAUCGAGACCAUCCUGGCUAACACGGUGAAACCCCGUCUCUACUAAAAAUACA